ACCCCCCAAACAAUGAGUAUCUUCUUGAAGGGGAAACAAUGCCACAUGUCCCAACACGACUCAGAUAACUAUACGGUGGUUUUCACACACAAAAACCGCAACAUUUCCCUUAAGAAUUUGUCUCCGGCACAGACGAGGACGGCGCACUUCUGCUUUUUUUAAAGAGUAUUAAGGAAAAAGGAGAAAGAAACAUGACGUCGCGCGCACUCGUGGACGCGCGUUAAGCUUGAACCUUGAAGUGAGUUAAUCCGUUAUAUAGCACGUAUUUAAGGAAGCAUGGCGGUUCUUGUCAAUAUAGGAGCGAACUCCAACCUUAUCCGUUUCUAAUGCACGUACUUUUCCGAACUACUCGUUUUGCUCCUUGUCCGUUUAGGCUGAAGAAGGAACCCCCGGGUGGACAUUGGUCGGACUCUGCUUUUUGUUCCGCCUGAAAUUAAUGUCAUUUUCCGGGGUGGAUCAUCGCGGCUGACGACUUCGAGGAGGAUUUGCAUCGAUUUUGGAUGAAAGCAGCGAGAACAAAAGAACACAGAACAUUCUGGACUGCUUAUUUCGUGUGACACGGGCUAAGCUAGUUAUAAAAAGCCAACUGUGCGGUAAAUAUCGACAAAGUAAACAGUUGGGAUACAUGCAGCUGAUAACUGUCUACAAACACGACUUUCGAUUCAUUCGACUCGUUUUGACAUACUAGCGGGUUGACAAUGUCAUUCUUUAACUUCCGGAAAAUAUUUAAAUUGGGGUCAGAGAAGAAAAAGAAACAAUACGAGCACGUUCGUAGAGAUGAAAACCCCGAGGAAAUCUGGAAUAUUAUCGGCGAGCUGGGAGAUGGAGCCUUCGGGAAAGUGUUUAAGGCUCAGAACAAACUUACGGGUGUCCUAGCUGCUGCCAAAGUAAUUGACACAAAGACUGAGGAGGAGUUGGAGGACUACAUGGUGGAGAUUGACAUACUGGCCUCAUGUGACCAUCCAAACAUCGUCAAGCUGCUGGAUGCUUUCUAUUAUGAGGGCAAACUCUGGAUUCUCAUUGAGUUUUGUGCAGGAGGUGCUGUGGACGCGAUCAUGUUAGAACUGGAGCGACCGCUGACAGAACCUCAGAUCAAGGUGGUGUGCCGGCAGACUCUGCAGGCUCUCGUCUACCUUCAUGACAGUAAAAUCAUCCACAGAGACCUGAAGGCUGGCAACAUCCUGCUCACUCUAAAUGGCGAUGUUAAACUGGCUGACUUUGGUGUGUCUGCCAGAAACAUCAAAACAUUGCAAAGGAGAGACUCCUUCAUUGGAACACCAUACUGGAUGGCACCAGAGGUUGUUAUGUGCGAGACAUCUAAGGAUCGGCCAUAUGACUACAAAGCUGACAUUUGGUCACUUGGGGUCACCCUGAUUGAGAUGGCACAGAUUGAGCCACCCAACCAUGAGAUGAAUCCCAUGAGAGUCCUUCUGAAAAUAGCCAAGGCAGAACCGCCAACGCUGAUGCAGCCAUCCCGCUGGACUCCAGAAUUCAAUGAUUUCCUAAAGCGAUGUGUGGACAAAAACGUAGACAGCAGGUGGAGUGCAACACAACUUCUGCAGCACUCAUUUGUGUCCAGUGUGACGGACAGCAAGCCUCUGAGGGAAAUUAUAGCUGAGGCCAAGGCUGAGGUGACAGAGGAGAUUGAAGAGCACAAAGAGGAAGAGGAGGAAGAAGAAACUGAAGUAAAUAUGGGUCAUAAACGUGCUCCAUCUGAUGUCAGCGUUGCCAGUUCUGAGGACGAGAAGAUUCCUCUCUCUCCCACCAUUUUGGAAUCCGUCCCUGAGAAGGGUGAGCCACGUUUCCUAGUGGAUAAGCACGCGUUGGUCACCAGCUUUGUGGAGGAGCCCGCCACCACUGCAGCUAAGGAUCAAACAGAGGAGAUUCCAGCUCAGAACGAGGAAAAGCAACGCAUGCCAAUGGAAGAAAAUAAAGAGGUCGAACCAGGCGAGGACUUGUCAUCCCCACCUGUGAAGGAAAUGGCACAGAUAGGGAUGGCUUCUGAAGAUGAAAAGGAGGAUACUCAAGAGCAAAACAUGGUUUCAAAUACACAAGCAGAGGAGGACGCACAAAGACAUCUUAACGUGACUUUGACAAGUCAGGAUGAAGUCUCAAAAGAGCAUGCUGGCGAGAAGCCCACAGAAAAGGAGACAAUUAAUGUAGAAAAGGAGAAAACUCUUUCAGACAAGGCUAAAGAUGACACAGAAAGAGAUUCAGACUCUGGAUUCAGUUCAGUUGCAGGAAGCAGCAGUGUGGACCUCAAUCUGUCAAUCUCAAGUUUUCUUUCCAAAACAAAAGAACCUGGAUCCGUUUCUAUUCAAGAGACUAGGCGUCAAAAGAAGACGCUGAAAAAGACACGCAAAUUUGUUGUGGAUGGCGUGGAAGUCAGUGUGACUACAUCAAAAAUCAUUACCGACCAUGACACUAAGAACGAGGAGAUGAGAUUCCUGAGACGCCAGGAGCUAAGGGAGUUGCGUCUCCUACAGAAGGAGGAGCAAAGGGCCCAGCAACAGCUCAGCAACAAGCUGCAGCAGCAGAAGGAGCAGAUUUACCGCCGCUUUGAGCAGGAGACCACUAGUAGGAAGCGUCAGUACGACCAGGAGUUGGAGAACCUGGAGAAGCAGCAGAAGCAGACCAUUGAGAGAUUGGAGCAGGAACACACCAAUCGACUGAGGGAUGAGGCCAAACGCAUCAAAGCUGAGCAGGACAAAGAGUUAUCCAAGUAUCAGAACAUGCUGAAAAAUCGUAAAAAAGAGGAGCAAGAGUUUCUUCAGAAGCAGCAACAGGAUCUGGACAGCGCUCUGAAGAAAAUUAUCCAGCAGCACAAACAUGAGCUGGCCACCAUUGAGAGAGACUGCCUGAACCACAAGCAGCAGCUUCUUCGAGCAAGGGAGGCAGCCAUGUGGGAGCUGGAGGAGCGCCAUCUGCAGGAGAAGCACCAGCUGUUCAAGCAGCAGCUCAAGGACCAGUACUUCAUGCAAAGACAUCAGCUGCUAAAAAGACAUGAGAAGGAAAUGGAGCAAAUGCAGCGCUACAACCAGCGGCUGGUUGAAGAGAUGAAGAACAAGCAGACCCAGGAGAGAGCCCGACUGCCAAAGAUCCAACGCAGUGACGCCAAGACCCGCAUGGCCAUGUUCAAGAAGAGUCUUCGCAUAACCGGAGCGGCCAUCACCCCCGAGCAGGAGAGGGAAAAGGUCAAACAGUUUGCUUUUCAAGAAGAGAAGCGGCAGAAGAACGAAAGACUCCACCAGCAUCAAAAGCAUGAAAACCAGAUGCGGGACUUACAGCUACAGUGUGACGCCAACGUCAGAGAGCUUCAGCAAUUGCAAAAUGAGAAAUGUCAUCUUCUGAUCGAACAUGAGACCCAGAAGCUGAAGGAGCUGGAUGAGGAGCACAGCCUGGAGCUGAAAGAGUGGAGAGAGAAGCUGCGACCCAGGAAAAAGGCCCUGGAGGAGGAAUUCGCCAGGAAGUUGCAGGAACAAGAAGUGUUUUUUAAGAUGAGCGGGGAGUCCGAGUGCCUUAACCCAUCUGCACAGAGUCGCAUUUCCAAGUUCUACCCGAUCCCCAGCGUCCAGUCCACAGGAUUCUAAGGCUAACCCUCAGGUGUCCACACAGCUGACCGUGCCUUCCACUUUGCCUCCAGCACGGAGGAUGGACGGAGGAUUUCAUUUCUCUGGUAUUUCUUUGCAGCUUUGAUUGAAUACUAAAGUCUAACAGCUUGUAGGAUUUUAAAUCAGUUUUGGUAAAUAAUUAGACCACGCUAAUGCAAUCGGAUCACAACUAAUUAUCGUAACAUCAAUUAGGUCAAAUUUAGGAACAUAUUCAUUUUAGGGUAAAUUAUACACUUCUCAAAGUAUCAGCCCCUGGCUAAAUUAGGGCCCUUAGCAGAAUUUAGUUUUGAGGACCUACCUCCCGCCCCCAUUACAAUAUUUUUUUAUUAAUGUAAAACUUUUUUUUAUACUUUUUUAAUCAAACUUGAAUUUGAUGCAUCUUUUGUACUGGAACACAUUUUUUUUUUUUUUGGUGCAAUUUUCGGGGAAGUUUGCCAUUAUGUUCUUAUCAUUGACGGAGCAGGAAGGGGCUAAGAAUUCAUACGUUUACGGUGAAACGUCAAUCAUUAAUGAACAUACUUGCCAACCCUCCCGGAUUUUCCGGGAGACUCCCGAAAUUCAGCGCCUCUCCCGAAAACCUCCCGGGACAAAUUUUCUCCCGAAAAUCUCCCGAAAUGCAGGCGGAGCUGGAAGCCACGCCCCCUCCAGCUCCAUGCGGACCUGAGUGACGUCAGGUGCGCAACACCACGUAAAUCGUUGGCCAACCAAAAAGAAACCCCAGUACGCUAUAACCAACAUUCACCAGGAGAUGGCAACAGACAAACAUAGAUCACUAUUACAUUCCUCCCCUUUUAGAAAUGUAUAGAAGUUACUCAAAAUAAAUAAACAACCCAACCAAAAAAUGCAGCAGCUCGAUUAAAAAACUGUACUUAAGCCACAUUCUUUUCUCUUUUUUUUUAGUACUGAACUCAUAACCCUCAUUUGUAAAAAAAUAACAUGGUUAUUAUACAAACAGUAUUUGUACACCUUUAACACAGAUUUUUAUACUGUCUUCAGAGAUUCCGUUUUUUUGGUGGUACUCGAAACCUUUCUGGGUACCUGCGAAAGGGUGUUCAGCAUGGUUAGAAAAAUAGUGACAGAGAAUAGAACAAGGAUGGACAAUUCAACCCUUAACUCAACAAUGAGUAGAUGAGUGUUAUGUGUGUGUAUAUGUGUAAAUAAAUGAACAC